UCGUACAGUAAGCUGUCAAAAGCUUGUUGCUUAAAUCUGUGCAGUGUUAGAAAGUAAUGAAGAAAAUUAGGUCGGAAACAUAGACGAAAUAACGAGCUAAAAUUCUACGAACAGAGCCACUACUAAAUGCGUUGUUGAACAGACAUUGUGGGAGCACUUGACAUCUUGUUUUCGUUAGUUCUGUUUGGACGUUGGUGUCGUCUCGUCUAGCUGGUGCGUGAUCCUCCGGGAAGCGGUUCAUCCGUGAUGAUGAGAUCACCAACAGAAAGUGCCUUUUAGAAGAUAUACCCGACUUGAAGUUGGCCCGUGCACAUUGCUGGCCUUUGCCAGACUCAAGCACCACGACUGGAUACCUCAGCUGCAAGCUCUUUGCUACCACUUUGCACAACAUCGGCACCUAAAAGAAAUGCUAAAACAUAGCCAUAAUACGAGAGGACAAAGAAUAAUGACCUGAGAAUGUAUGACUAAAGUGACAAGUCUGCAGUAAAUUUCCCUGACUUGUCUGAUAUUUAUGGGCACCAUCAUUUGUGGAAUAUACACUUGAACGUGUCACAGGAAGAAAAAAAAAACCACAUCUGCAAUUCUUUUUGAUGUGAGAUUUCUCAGUGAUUUAUCAGCCAUCUAAUUUUUCUGCUCCAGCUAAUGGAGGACUCACCAGGUUGUUUUAAAAGAGGACUCUGUACAUAGAGCCAACCCUGCCACAGCUUUUGGUGUAUGAGGCACAAGGCCAUAAAAUUGACUUUUAAAAAUCACAUUUAUGAUUAUAACCUUUGGGCAUGGCGUUGAACAUUUCUUCAGUAAGAGACACAAAAUGGCUAACUCUGGAAGUCUGUCGACAGUUUCAGCGAGGAAACUGUUCACGUAGUGAUGAGGAAUGCAAAUUUGCUCAUCCACCGAAGAGCUGCCAAGUUGAAAAUGGAAGAGUUAUUGCCUGCUUUGACUCACUGAAGGGCCGAUGCUCAAGAGAAAACUGCAAGUAUCUUCAUCCACCUUCACACUUAAAAACGCAGUUAGAGAUAAAUGGGCGCAACAAUCUCAUCCAGCAGAAGACAGCAGCAGCUGUGCUUGCCCAGCAGAUGCAGCUCAUGAUCCCAGGACCCAGCCUGCAGCCCGUGCCAACAUUUCCUGUUACACAGGGACUCGGCACAAACACUGGUCUUUGUUAUGGUUCAUAUAUGACACCUCUGAGCCAUGGAAUGAGCCUCGUCCCGACAGACAACCUCUCCAGCAAUUCGGUUCUUGUUUCUGGGAGCCCACCUGUCACAGUCCAGAGCUCCUCCUCUUCUUCUUCUUCUUCUCCCUCACAGAAGCUGCAGCGUACAGACAAACUAGAGGUGUGCCGGGAAUUUCAGCGGGGAAGCUGUGCAAGAGGGGAGACAGAUUGCCGCUUUGCACACCCCAGUGACAGUCCUAUGAUUGACACCACCGAUAACACUGUCACUGUUUGCAUGGACUACAUCAAGAGCCGCUGCUCCAGGGAGAAGUGCAAGUAUUUUCACCCGCCUGCACACUUGCAGGCCAAAAUCAAAUCCAGUCAACAGCAAGUCAAUCAGACAGCCGUGGCAGCCCAAGCCGCAGCCAUGACUCAGUCGACUGCCAAAGCAAUGAAGCGAUCCCUCGAGGCAACUGUAGACCUGGGCUUUCCUCACAGUGUCCUGCAACCGCUACCAAAGAGACAAGCUCUUGAGAAGUGCAGCUGGGCCAGCUCUCUCCUCAACCCCAGUUUUUUGCACUACCAACAGGCUCUGGCCAACACACAGCUGCAGCAGCCCACUGCUGCAUUUUAUCCCACAGGUUCUGUCUUUUGCAUGACACCCGCUAACAGCAUUGUCCCCAUGAUGUACAGUGCUACGCCUGCUACUGUCUCUGCAGCCACUUCUCCCGCCACAAGUGUCCCCUACGCAGCAACAGCACCAGCCAAUCAGAUCAUCCUCAAGUAACCACCAGGAACAGAAGUCAGUGCCAUGUUGCUGCUGUUAAAGACCCCAAACAACUGCUCUGUAAAUACUCUGUUAACACAACACACAACCUACAACAAGCUGCAUGCUGAUAUGAAGUUGUAGACACUACUUUGAUCUCUCAUAAUAAAUAACAUAGCUCAAUUACUACAAUUAUACAAUGCUAGAUAAGUGUCACAGAAGAUUAUUGUAUGUACGCGCCUUUGCACCUGCAUUAACAUGCGUCCUCAGUUAUGUGCAUAAUAUCCUGGUUUGUAUUUCCUAAACCCCUGACAAGGUCAGAGAUGCAUUUAGCCUCUUACAUAUAGGAACCUCAUAAAUAUAAACUAACUUUUCUGGACAAAUUCAACCAGGAAACACAUGUGCAGUGCAGAUAUAGUAGUAACACCUUAAUACUAACUCAUAUGGAAACAAAAAGAAAUGUCAUUUACUGACAGUUUUAAAUUGUGUAAAUAUUUCAACAGGAGGAGAUGAGCAUGACAGAUGUAAUCUGAAAUCAGCUUUCAGUGUGUAGACAGUACAUGUUAAUACCAGGUGUAAAGGGUUCCUUUAUUGGAGAUUGUUCAAAUGUUAUCGUGAUACUGACCAACAGCUUUUCCUUCUUGAAUGUGUUAUGUAAACCAAUAGAAAGGUUUUUUCACAUUAAUGCUUGUUUUAAAAGUGCCAGAUUAUUUUAAACAAACUAGUAAAAAUGCACUUACUUUAACUUUAAACUCCACAAUGUAAAAAUGAUGGAAGCUCCUGUAAGAUGUUCUCAGGGUAGUCCAUCUACAUUGUUUACCCUGUCAUCCCCAGAGAACAGGAUCAGUGCUCCACCUUGUGGUGUACCUUUGCAUCGCAUAUACAGUACAGUAGCCUAUGUUUGCUGAUAGAAAAUACUGUACAAUCCAUUUGCUCUUCAAGGCAGUGAAGCAACAAUGAUUCAAACAGUUAAAUUGCGCCUUCUUUAUUAUAAAAAAGAAAAUUGGAUUAUGUGACACUUUAUGUAAGGGGUUUUCUGUAAGUGGUUUACUCUUCAGGGGCCAGUUUCACAAAGACUGACUUUUACUAUCUUAAAUAGGUCUAAUGACUAAUAAACACAUUAAACCGCUCAACAGUUACAUUUUACUGUAAAAAUCCAGCGAAACAACACAAAAAACUUCCAAUAGUAUAAAAUUUCAGCACAGUGCAGACGUAUAUCAGCCCUGAGAUGUGGAUUCUAAUGUGGGCUCACUGCUCAUAUUUCCAGUAGGCUACUUUGAUCUCUAAAAACUCUUUCCCCACUCAUUAUUCGCUCCACAAUCUUAGAAAACCACAAAUUAUGAGUCUUUUUUUAUUAUUAUUAUUAUUAGUAGUAUUUGUUUGGUGAAACUGGACAGCAGGGGUCACAGACUGUUACCAUGGAAACAUAUUUGUUCUGAGUUAGUCAUGGGGGGUAAGGUGGUGCUCAAAAUAAGUCUCUUUGUUCAAGAGACUCCAGUAUGAGAGUGGAUGUGAUCAUCAGUGUAUCCCGCCACCUACAGUCUGUUUGUUUUUUCUCGAAACAGCCUAACUUGCAUUAGACUCAUCUUACAGCUAAAUUAAGACUGGACUAACACUACAGAUCAGUCUAAAAUAUCUUUGUGAAACCACGGCCAAGAUCAGGCAAACCAUGUCUUUUAAGAAGACCCUCCAUGGGCUCAGUAAAAUGGUGUAAAAUUACUACUACUCAAAUUCAAACUAAAGUUCUUGUAACCCUCCAAGGGUUGAGCAGUGUGUGAACUAUUAGUCUUAAUGUUACCGUCAGUUGUCAGUACUGUAUUAUUUGAAUGUUACAAGUGCCUAAAGAGUUGCGCGGAUGUGGAUAUCCAUGCAUAUUUAAAAGGCUUUUUGUGAAAAAUCACUCAAUUAAAUCUACUUUACCUAAGUCACAUGUAGAAAGAAAUGCCAUGUCAGUGCAUUAGUAUUUUGUUUAUGCCUGCUUAGAUUUUAGACUUACAUUUAAUUUUCACCGAUGCUCACACUCGUGUGUACUAUGUAUAAGAGUUGAUAUACAUCUUAAUUUGAUUUUGUUUCUCUUUUAAGAUGAUUAAGUGUAUGGCAAUGUUUCCUGAUUAGUUUUAUGCACAGUACAAUACUUUGUGUAGUAAAGUAGAAUUUAAGGAGGUAGGCUUUUUUGUGAGGCUUAGUUGUCUGUGUGGUACCACAUUAUGCAAUUACCCAUAUUUGUUUGAAACUUACAGCAGACAGAGUGGGUAUUGUGUCUGGUUAAGGAAAAAAAAACAUAUGUUAAAACAGUUUCCACUCAUAUGUAAUGCUCUCUUGAACAUGUUUCAUGUUAAUUUUAGUUACCUGUUUUGCAAACAGUGUGUGCAAAUAUCAACCUUUCCUUUAAUGUUUCCCAUGUCUUUUCAAGUGACUGAAUACGUGUGUACACUUGUGUGCGAUUAACUCGGACAAUCCACCAAGAGAUAUUGCAUUUUGUUCACAUACUUUUCUUUAUGUAAUUUCCUUGUGGAAACUUUUACACAUUAUUGGAUGGAAUAUAAGGAGUAUACGUUAAUAUUUUACUGGUUAACAUUAGAAAAGAACACUUUUAAAAUGUAUUCUCUUCUAUUUUAUGAUGAAUGUAAUUUAUUAAACUGACUUUAGCUCUGCUGGUGGUUCCUCAAAGGGCCUUGAUCUGUUGUAUUAGCCUAUGAAAAGCCGUCUUGUGGGCAGGGAUUGAAUGUUGGAGCAAACAGAUGCUUUAAACACUUAAUCCUUGUCACUGCCUUGUCACCUGUAAGGGACAGUGAACCUUUGUAUGAGCAAGGCCAUAGAAUUGCUUUUUAUGUACAAAAGUGCAUUGUACAGGUUCACAUUUUCCGAAAAAAGUUACCUUUCAUAAUAGUGUAAUAAUAGUUAGUCAUUGAAUUGUUUUGAUGUGUUGCUGAGGCAAUCUGAAGUUGCAGUGAUUAAAAACUGUAUUUUUGUAGGUGAUGAAAUUGUUUUUCCUCCUCACAAUAACACAUUAGAUUGUACUGUCAGAUAUUUUACUUUACUAUGCCAUGGUGUGAAACACUGUAAGUGAUCCUGUGCAUAAAAAUAUAUUUUGCAAUGUGAAUUUUGUGUUUUAUAUGGUUUCCACUGCAUGUUAACAUCUUGCAGCAAAAAAUAUAACCCACCCUCGGAGAAAUCUGUCGAGUGCUGAACUCCUGCGGACACAAGUCGGAAAGUCGGGCGUUGAUGGUUCGGUGACUUUUUAAACCUUGGUCAGAAUAUGACUGCUUUCAAAGUUUAGGUUGUUAUUAGAUAUAUGACAUUUUUUUCCCCUUAUUUAUUUUACCUUCAAAUUAAAGGCAUUUAAUCGAAUGUUUGUUUCACCUUCUGGCAAAAAGCUUGAAUGUCGUGGAUACACCUGCACAUGGAGGCUGUUGAUUUUGAUCAUCCAGUCAAAUAUAUGGACAGUAAGAAUGUUUGGUCUGACUGACUGAUGGAAACAUUUCUCUUAAGCACUUUCUCGACAGUCAGAUCGGCUGAGAAGAUGUGCUGCUUUUUGUGAACUUUGCCUUAUCUUUUAUCUAUUGCUAAGUUUGUAUUUGUUCAAUAAUUCCAUAUUGCUUAAUAAAUAAAAUACAUUUCACUUUUCUGUGAAAUUAUUGCUACAUGAGUUUUUAGUUUGAGGCCAAAAUGACAUUGAAAUAAACCCCAAAACACAAUGCUGAGGAAAGGCUUGUGUGCCAGUGCCAUUUGGUUCCAUCCUGGCCUCAAUAUAAACUUAUCUGUCAAACUUAUUUUGUUUGUGCACAAUUAAACAUUUCAUGUGAUAGUUUUUUGUUCCUGUAAAUUCCAAAUUGUGUAAAAUCUAAUAUUGCAAAUAAAUAAAUGUCAAGUAAAUGCCA